AUGUUUUGCGCCCCCCGUUUUGGUGAAGCCGUUCAAGACGCUCAGCGGAUUAUAUCACUUGCACCUACCUGGGCGAUGGGCUACUGCCGACUUGGUGAUCUUUACGCACAGCAAGGAAAGCAGCUCGAUGCAAUCGACACAUAUUCUAUCGGUCUGCAAAGCGUAUCGCAAGACGCCUCUCUAUAUGCUCAACUUAUCGAGGGCAAACAUUCUGCCGAGCUACAAAAUGAGAAGCGCGUCGAUUUCAUUCGCAGCCUUCCAGUGGAGGUUAUGGCCAAGAUUAUCACACUAUUGCCUAGAGAUGCUAAAUUGGUCUGCUUGCAAGUGUCGAGCAUUUGGUGCAAAAGAACAUUGGAGUUCUCUGGGUCAUGGCGAGUAUCGAGCGGCGAUGACAUGACAGACGAGCAAUCUAUUAAAGUGGUGACGUACAUUGCUGCCUAUGUCGAACAGCUGACCAUCGACACAAGCAAUCAGCAGGUUUGGAAUCAACUUCUUGUGGAUAUGCAAGGCGGCCAUUUCCGAAAGAUUACAUCGCUCCAUCUUACAGGCAUUGCGGGGAGAAGCAUCAAUCGGGAUAUGCUUGUGCCUAUGUCUGUCGCAUUUUCAAAAAUGAACAAUACGUUAACGAGGCUACAGUUCGACGCUAAUAAUGAUUAUCACCAAUCGCAUCUAAUCAAGCUCGCGGAUCUACUGUGCAUGUGCACAAAUUUGACGAGUUUACGAUACCGAUCAGAGUCCACAUCGUUCGAUUGGAUUGGUGCUUUUACAUACGUCGGGCAACGCCUUACCCUGACUGAUCUUGAGAUCAAGUGCCACACCAGCUUAAGAUGUAAUAUCGAACCAUUGCUACAGCGGUGCCACAAGUUAAAACGCUUGGUACUUGGUAAUUGCUCGUGGGAAGGUCUUUUAAACAGCAUCAGCCGAAAUGGUCCUAGUCUGGAGAUUUUCAGUUUUGAUGACAAAGACACAGUACCUGACGUUCUGGAGGACGACGCUGACAUGGAACGGCAAUCUUCUGGUUUGCGCUUCUUUCACGUGGGGAAUGCUAAAAGAUACGACGACCUAUUUACACUAAUAAGAAAUCACUCUGCCAGUCUUGAGGACCUGUCCCUGAGCAUUUACAACGGAGGGUUUUAUUCAAUUGGACAAUCCGUGACAUACAGCGAUAUUCGACUCAACAAAUUAAAAAAAUUCACCUUCACAAGAGACAACUACAACAUCAUGGAACCAUUUCUUAGGCACGUAAUAUCAACAUCCGACAAUUUAAGGCACUUAUGUGUAAACGGCUCUGUCAAUGCGGAACCUAUCGUCAGGACUUUAUUAACCCGGCCUCGCCUCGAGUGCUUGGAGAUCAACCCGUAUCACCAUCCAUUUGGUAUACAACAUCCAUGGACCCAGUUGUUCGAAGCGUACGCCGCAUCUUCGUCUGCACUGACUUUCCAAAUGAUUUCACUGAAACAAUAUGAUCUCAGUGGUGCUUCCUUGACAGCUCUUGGGAAAAUCUCGACUUUGCAAGAGGUCACGUUAGAAAAUUUACCCAGAGCUACUGGACCGAUGAUCGUCGCAUUCCUUACAAAAGUAGGCAACAACGUGACCACCCUCAAUCUCAGCACACUGCCAGUAAUACGGAACGACGAGUUAAAAACUGUGGCCGGCAUGAAGGGGUUACGGGCACUAAAGCUUCGACAGCUCCCGAAUGUGACAGAGAACGGCGUUAUUCGAAUGGUGGAUACAAUGACAUCAAAAUUACGUUGCUUGACAAUUGAAAGAUGCAGUGGGGUUACGGAAAAAGCAAUUGUACAUGCAAAACAGAAAAUCAAUAUUGUAGAGUAUCAAGCAUUUUAAAAACUGUAUUAUUCUC